CGGGGAUCCUGCGAUGUAACGAACACUCGGGAUUUUAUCUGCACCAGCAAUAGACGUGGCUAGCGCGCGCGGCACCGUAUUCCUUUUCCUUUUAUCAUUUGAUCGUUUUUAUAUACAUAUGUUUGUUAAAAUAAAGUAUAAGUUAACAACAACAUAAAAGUGGCGACGAGUUUAAGUGGAAACGGUCAACGACAAGUAGGGAAACGCCGCAGAAUGUCCAGCCCAGAAGAGACGCCGAUCAUUGAGGAGCAACGUCGUCUCUCACAAAAUGGGGUCCUGAACACAGGGUUCAUUCACCCCCAGCCACCGCAGCACACGCCAUCGGAUUCAUCGACGCUGCAGCAAACGCUGCAGCUUUUACAAAAGCAAUUGGCCCAACAGCAGCAGCAAAUGGCACAGCAACAGCAACUGUUAUCGCAGCUCGUGCAACAACAACAGCAGCAGCAGCCACCGACCCCCGAUCUGCAAUUUGUGCCAAAACCGAGCAACCCGGAGUUGAUACUGGAAGCCCUCGCCGGUAAUAUUAGUGAGUUCCGGUACGAUCCAGAAGCGGGAGUAACCUUCGAAUCAUGGUACACGCGGUAUGUAGAUUUGUUUCGUGAGGAUGCUUCUCGCUUGGAUGACGCCGCCAAGGUUCGACUCCUGGGACGUAAGCUUGGAACCGCUGAACACGCCCGGUUUAGUAAUUUUAUUUUGCCGCGUGCACCACGAGAUUUCAGCUUCAACGAAAUGGUGGAAAAGCUUACCGUCCUGUUCGGCAAAAUGGAGUCGGUGUUAAGCAAACGCUUCAAGUGUCUUAAUAUUACCAAAACGCGCACCGAGGAUCUGCUAGCAUUUACCUGUCGAGUUAAUAAAGCGUGCGUCGAUGCAGAAUUUUCUUCGAUGACGGAGGAAGAUUUUAAGUGCCUCAUCCUCGUAUGCGGAUUAAAGGACGAAAGCGUACAGGACAUAAGAAUGAAACUGUUAGCCGCCAUUGAAGACAGGAAGAAUGCCACCCUAGAGCAGCUAGCAGCAGAUUGUCAACGUUUAGUGCGUGUAAAAGCUGAUAGCGCUAUGAUCGCUACGGACACUAGUGAGCGAGUACAGGCAGUGCAAGCCAGAAACAACCGCCAGUGGCAACGAAACACCAACAACAAGCGCUACCCCAAACCAGCACCCCGAAACGAAGCCUCCAAACCCCGCACCCCGUGCUGGCUUUGUGGUGCCCUGCAUUGGACCCGUGACUGCACCUACAGAACCAACAAGUGCCGGGAUUGUGGACGUACAGGACAUCGAGAGGGUUUCUGCAACUCGUCACAACGGCGCAGAGGACGACCGCGAUUCGAUCAUCGCCGUGCGGUGUCAUCGCGAGUAGUACGUGUCAACGUGUGCAGCGUGCAGCAGAAGCGGAAAUUUGUUAGCAUACUCAUCGGAGAGAAGCCAGCUCGACUACAACUAGACACCGCAUCGGACAUCACUGUCAUUAACCAGCAACUAUGGAAGCAGUUGGGUAAGCCUCACCUCAACCCACCCAAGGUAAGAGCGAAAGCAGCUACUGGCGAAGUUUUCGGCCUUCAAGGUGAGUUUGAAGCGAACGUGAGCAUUAAUAAUACCACCAAGCAAGCGACAAUUCGCGUGUCAAAAGCGGAUGUGUCAUUGUUCGGGGCUGAUUUAAUUCAUCUUUUCGGCUUGGGGACCGUUCCGAUGGAUAGCUAUUGCAAUCACAUAGGUACAGCUGAACCACGAUCCUGGGAGAAAGAAUUUCCUUCGCUUUUUAGUGGAAUGGGCCUGUGCACCAAGGCACAAAUUCACCUACAGCUGCAACAAGGGAGCAGACCAGUUUUUCGACCGAAACGUCCGGUUGCAUACGCGAUGGAAGAUGCUGUAAAUAAAGAGUUGGAUCGGCUUGAGAAUCUAGGCAUCAUCAGUUCCUGCGACUAUUCGGAUUGGGCAGCACCAGUCGUAGUGGUUCGAAAGGCGAACGGCAAAAUACGGCUUUGCGGAGACUAUAGCACCGGACUCAAUGCAGCAUUACACCCGCACGAAUAUCCGCUUCCUUUACCCCAGGACAUUUUUUCUAAGCUAGCCCGUUGCGUAAUAUUUUCACAAAUUGAUUUAUCCGAUGCAUUUUUGCAGGUCGAAAUAGAAGCAAAGAGCCGACCCCUGCUGACAAUUAAUACGCAUCGUGGUCUAUACCAUUACAACAGGCUUCCUCCAGGCAUAAAAGUGGCCCCUGGUGCCUUUCAGCAGAUAAUGGAUAAAAUGCUCGCCGGGGUAAAUGGAGUAUCUGCUUACAUGGAUGACGUAAUAGUUGGAGGGAAAACACAGGAAGAGCAUGAUGCAGCUCUUGAAGAAACGCUGAAGCGCAUAAGGGACUAUGGGUUUACCAUCCGGAGUGAAAAGUGCGCAUUCAACAAGUCGGAAAUACGCUACUUGGGGCAUAUCAUCGACAGCCGAGGCCUACGACCCGACCCGGCAAAGAUCGACGCCAUCAAAAAUUUGCCUGCUCCAAAAGAUGUCACAGGCGUUCGAUCAUUCAUCGGUGCGAUAAAUUUUUAUGCCAAGUUUAUCCCCAACAUGCGUAACUUGCGCUACCCAUUGGAUAAGUUGCUGCUAGCCGGAAGUGUGUUCCAGUGGACACCCGAAUGUCAGAAAGCUUUUGACCAAUUUAAAGCCCUCUUGUCCACGGAGCUCUUGCUCACACACUACGAUCCAACGCGCGACAUAGUUGUGUCCGCCGAUGCAUCAUCAGUUGGCUUAGGAGCAACGCUAUGCCACAAGUACCCAGACGGAUCCCUAAAAGUGGUACAACACGCAUCCAGAGCACUCAGCAAGGCGGAGAUUGGUUAUAGCCAAAUCGACAGAGAAGGAUUGGCAAUAAUUUUCGCUGUAACCAAAUUUCAUCGCAUGAUAUACGGUCGUCAUUUCACACUGCAGACCGACCACCGACCAUUGGUACGCAUAUUUGGCAGUAAGAAAGGAAUUCCGACAUACACAGCAAACCGGCUGCAGAGGUUUGCACUUACUCUUCACCUGUAUGACAUGGACAUCGAGUAUGUAGCAACAGGCUCAUUUGGAAACGCCGAUGUGUUAUCUCGGCUCAUACAUCAUCACGCCAAACCUGAAGCUGAAUACGUCAUCGCCAGCCUGGAGUUAGAAAACGACUUAAGGUCAGUUGCCAUUAAUGCGCUUAGCUCAUUUCCUUUAUGUUUUAGAGACGUUGAGACAGCUACGCAGACUGACCCCUUGCUCCGGAAAGUCCAUAAGUACGUGCAGGACGGAUGGCCGCAUGAUGUUUCAUUCGGAGCAGAUUUGGCACGGUACCACAAUAGGAAAGAAUCGCUCUCAACCGUUGAGGGGUGUAUACUUUUCGGGGAGAGAGUGGUCAUCCCGGAGAAACUGCGUUCCCGUUGUUUGCUGCAGUUGCACAAGGGUCAUCCGGGGAUGCAGAGAAUGAAGGCGAUUGCGAGAAGCUACCUGUAUUGGCCAAUGAUCGACGACGAUAUUGUGAGCUACGUGGCAUCUUGUGAAUCCUGCUUGGCAGCCGCUAAAGCACCCCCUCGAGCAACACCAGCGACAUGGCCAACACCAUCGGGCGCCUGGCGUAGAGUACACGUGGACUAUGCUGGGCCACUGGAAGGGUAUUUCUUUUUAGUGGUGGUUGACGCUUUCUCCAAGUGGCCUGAAAUCUACAAAACUACGAGUACAACAACAUCUGCCACCAUCUCCAUGUUACGGAACAUUUUCGCUCGCUUCGGUAUGCCUGAAACGUUAGUUAGCGACAACGGUCCGCAAUUUACCAGCGCCUUGUUUGCGGAGUUUUGCAACAGCAGCGGGAUCGAGCACAUCACGACAGCACCGUUCCAUCCGCAAUCAAAUGGACAGGCGGAGCGGUUCGUCGAUACGCUGAAACGAGCACUGCGGAAGAUCCAGAGCGACGAGACGUCCCUUGAUGAGGCCCUGGAAUUGUUUCUCAUAACGUACCGAUCGACACCAAACGCGCAGUUGAACCAGCAGAAAUCUCCAGCUGAGGAAAUGUUCGGCCGCCCCAUCAGGACAGCACUGGAGCUGUUGCGGCCCCCAUCAUCACACUCACUAUCUCCUUCCUCAUUUAUUUCAGUGCGAAGUUUUCAGCCUGGCGAUCUCGUUUCUACAAAAUCUUUCUAUAGAAACUCAUGGAAGUGGAUACCGGGAAAGAUCGUUCGUAGCAGUGGACGCGUUAUGUAUGACGUCAUUGCGAGUGAUGGACGUUUACUUCGGCGCCACAUAAACCAAAUCAGGCGUCGUGCGGUAGCCCGUGCACCUGAGGGACAUCAGCUGCCGCUUGAUGUACUGUUAGAGGAAUGGUCUUCUUCUUCUUCCCGACCAGAGCCAACCCAGCCGGAGCUGGAACCAAUCAUAAGCGAGCCAACAGCGCUUCCACGGUCAUCGCUCGCUUAUUCAUCACUAGCAGCGACUACCCCGAUGGAUGUUCCUUUGACGACAUCCAGCUCGCUACCUCCUGCCGACCUCGAAAACCGUCAAGGAGGUAGGACCGAUCAGCGCCUGAUAGAUUUGCCACGCAGGUCUUCUCGAGUAAGAAGACUUCCGCGUCGGCUCGGAGCCUAUCAGCUCAUUUAGCCGGGGGAGAUGUUGCAGUCCGCCGAGACUGCAGCCUCUUCGCACACUCGAUGCUUUCCGUGAACUGACAGCAUUCGAUGUGUAGCGAAUAUAGUCGUCUUUUUCUCUCUCUCUCUCUCGUGCAUGAUCGAUUACGAUCGGGGAUCCUGCAAUGUAACGAACACUCGGGAUUUUAUCUGCACCAGCAAUAGACGUGGCUAGCGCGCGCGGCACCGUAUUCCUUUUCCUUUUAUCAUUUGAUCGUUUUUAUAUAUAUAUGUUUGUUAAAAUAAAGUAUAAGUUAACAACAACAUAAAACUUUGCACAUAGACCAUCUUGGGCCGCUUCCUUCUUUAAAAUCAAAGAAAAAGUAUUUGUUGGUCGUUAUAGACGCAUUCACAAAGUUUACCAAACUAUACCCUACAUCUUCUACCAGCAGUCGAGAAGUUUGUAAUGCAUUGAAUCAGUACUUUGCUUACUACAGUCGCCCUAGACGGUUAAUAAGUGAUCAGGCCACCUGUUUUACAUCUAAAGAGUUCACAAGUUUUCUUAAUAACCGUAAUAUAAUUCAUGUACUAAAUGCAGUUGCAUCUCCUCAAGCAAAUGGACAGGUGGAGCGAGUUAAUCGAGUUAUCAAACCAAUUCUUAGCAAAAUUUCCA